AUGAAUCUAUCCAAAGAUGAUCCCCAAAAAACGAUAUACAGCACAUUCAUCACACCGUUACAAUUCACCCUUUUAAUAACAUUCAUAGACUUUCCAAUAUUUACAGCAUACUUUCUACUGUUAACAGGCAUAAUACUUGAUCAGAUACUACUACGAGUGAACUUAUGUUCACGAAGACGACGAAGAGGAAAUGUAGUAGACUCUGAAACGCCGCUAUUGUCCCCUCCUUCGUCGACCACGUCGUUACUUUCGUUUAACUUGACUACGAACGGGUACAGCACGCACUUCAUUACUCUUGCCGGAUUUCUGGCUCUCUUGGCGCCGUUGUUGGGUCUUUUGGAGAUUUACGAAUUACCUUGGGAUAUUGGCCGUAUGCUAGGAUGGUCUGGCGUGUUUUUGAUCAUUUUUGGGUAUUCGUUUCGUAUGUAUUCUCUGAGAGAUAAGUGGUCAACGAGGACCGUUGUAGUGGCAGAUGGUCUAAUGGUUAUUGGUACCGGGCCAUAUCGUUAUAUACGACAUCCCGCAUACACUGGCCAGAUCAUUGCAUGGCUGGGAUUCGCACUAAGUUCAGGAAAUCUACUGGUCAUCUUUACCAUCAUGAGCAUGAUCUGCCUAGCGUACUGGAAUCAAAUACGCGUUGAGGAAGAGAUAAUGGUUGAGAAAUUUGGGGAUGAAUAUCGUGAAUAUCAACGGUCUACUAAGAAAUUGAUUCCGUUUAUUUAUUGA